AAAUAAUAUAAUUUGAAUAAUUAGCUCACAGUAUUUUAUUUAAUGUGAUAUGAUGCCUGAAGAAAAUUUUGAAAAUGAGAUUAUACUUAAAGAACAAGGCAAUGUGGCUUUUAAAAAUGGAGACUGGCUAAGAGCUUUAAAUUGUUAUUCUAAUGCAUUAGACUUGCUUAAAGAAAAUAAUCGAGAGAAAUCAAUAUUAUAUAAAAAUCGAGCUGCAGUAUAUAAUAAAUUAGGUGAGUUUGAAAAUGCUAUUCGUGACUGCAGUUCAUCAUUAAACAUUGUUGUUGACGAUCCAAAAGCAUUAUUUCGACGUUGUUAUGCUUAUGAACAACUUGGAAAAUAUGAAGAAGCAUAUGUAGAUGGUAAACAAUGUUUGUUGUCAGAUCCAGCAAAUAAAGAAAUACAGCCAAUCUUGUCAAGAUUACAUCCAAUUGUCCAAGAAAAAGUUAAAGAAAAUGCUCAACUGUCUAACAAAAUUGAAAGUAUGUUUAAAUUUGUUUUUACAAUUGAAGAAAGUAUUGAUAAACGUAUAACCGCCAUAAAAAAUUUAUUGGUUAUAUCUAAAGAGUCAAAUAGUGGAUGUGUUGGCUUAUUAAAAUUUGGUAUUGUCAGUAAAAUUAAAGGUCUUUUAAAGAACGAUAAAAAUUCUGAAGUACGAAUAAAUGCUUUGAGAAUAAUUGGACAACUAUGUAAAAAUAAUGAAACUUGUACCAAACAAGUUCUAGUUGAUUUAGGUGUGCCAUGGUUUAUUGAUGCAUUAAACACAGAAAAUCAAAAUGAAAUAAAUGGUGUUACAUAUAUUAUACAAGAAGCAUUAAAUAGUUUAACUGGCAUGUCCAACAAAUUAGAUAGUUCACCGAAUGAAGAAAAAUGCAUAAAAAACUCAAAAGAAAUAGAUGCAAUUCUAACAUGCUUAGUUUGUUCUAUAGAUCGUCAUUCAAUUAAUAAAUUUGCGAGAGAUUCUAUAGUAGAAAUCUUAACAAGAAAUAUACAUUUUAACAAUGUAAAUUGGGCUGAGCGUUUGAUUGAUAUGAAAGGUUUACAAAGAUUGUUAGAAAUUGCUGCUGAACUUAUUGAAACUAGAUACGAGUCAAAAAUGGAAAUAACGGAAUAUUCACAUACUAAUGUUUCAGUUUGCUUAUCAAGAAUUUAUGACAAUUUAACUUGUGACAAAUCCCGAGAAAAAUAUAUGGAAGCUGUUGAUGAGUUCCUUAAAAAAAUGCUUCUAGACCCAGAUAUAGAAACAAAAGUUCGAGCCGUAUCCACUUUAACAGUAUUGCUUAUGGGUCCAAUAGAUGUAGGAAAUUCAGUUAUAUCAAGAGAUGGAAUUAUUGAAAUGAUUCUUGCCAUGGCUACAACAAAUGACAAAGUACAGCAAAAAAUUGCAUGCGAGUGCAUUAUUGCUGCCACAUCCAAAAAAAGUAAGAUAACACCAAUUGUGAAGCUAGGUACUCAAAUACUUAAAAAUCUUUAUAGAAGUGGUGAUGAUGAUAUUCGGAUCCGUGCAUUAGUCGGAUUAUGUAAACUUGGUAGUAGUGGAGGUACUGAUGCUUCUAUACGUCCAUUUUCAGAAGGUUCUACUCUUAAAUUAGCUGAAGCUUGUCGUAGAUUUUUAAUACAUCCUAAUACUAAUCCAGAUACAAAAAGGUGGGCAGUUGAAGGGUUGUCUUAUUUAACUUUAGAUGCUGAAGUCAAAGAAAAAUUAAUCGAAGAUCAAGCAGCAUUAGAAGCUAUUAUGGGGCUAGCUAAGUCAGAGAAAACAUCUGCUAUGUAUGCUCUAGUAUCAAUUUUUGUGAAUUUAUGUAAUGCAUAUGAAAAACAAGAGGUUAUACCAGAGAUGAUUGAACUUGCCAAAUUUUCCAAACAGCAUGUACCAGAAGAUCAUGAACUAGAUGAUGCUGAUUUUGUAAAUAAAAGAAUUAUAUUAUUAUCCAAACAUGGUGUUAUAACAGUUCUUGUACAGCUAUCCAAAACUGAAAGUUUAAAUAUAAAAGAACUUAUUUCACGUUUGUUUAAUGCUAUAUGUAUCUUACCUGAGGUCAGAGGUGAAGUUGCUAAAUUAGGAGGUAUAAAAGCUCUUUUAGAACUUGCCCAUUCAGGUACACCUAAAGGAAAAAGACAAGCAUCUCAAGCUCUUGCUAGGAUUGGAAUUUCAAUUAAUCCAGAAGUAUCAUUCAAAGAACAACGUUGUUUAGAAUCCAUACGACCAUUUCUUAGUCUAUUGCAUCCAGACUGUUCAGCUUUAGAAAACUUUGAGUCAAUGAUGGCUCUAUGCAAUAUGGCAUCUGUGAAUGAAAGAGUCCGAAAAAAGAUUUUAGACUCUGGUGGACUGCAACUUAUUGAAAGUUAUUUAUUUGAAGAACAUCUGAUGCUUAGGAGAGCAUCUGUCCAAUGUUUUACCAAUCUUAUGUUAUCUCAUGAAGUUAUUAAGGUAAUUGAGGGUGAUAAUGAUAGAUUGAAAAUGUUAUUCUUAUUGUGUGAGGAAGAAGAUGAAGAUACAUCAUUGGCUGCAGCUGGUGCAGUUGCAAUAGCUGUAUCAAAUAGUGUCCAAUGUAGUAAGAAAUUAAUGACAUUUAACAAUUGGGAAGAAUCAUUGAAGGCUUUAUUAGCACAUCCUAAUAAUGCAAUGCAGCAUAGAGCUUUGGUAAUUGCUCAUAGUUUAAUAUGUGCUGACAAAGAAAUUGCAGAAAAAGUUUUUGCCACUAAUAUUAUGGAAGUAUUAAUGGCUUUGUCAAUAAUGGAUGAUGAGAAGAAAAAAGACAUAAAAGAAAUGGCUGAGAAAUGUUUGAAACUCGCUGAAGAUUUGAAACUUAUUAAAAAAGCAGCUUGAGAAUUAUAAUAUAGUUUUUAAUUAGAUAUUACAUUUUAAAUUAUUGUAAUGUUUUGUUUAAUUUGAUCAUUUAGUAAGCAGACCUAGAUCAUGUUAAUAAAAACCUAUGCAAAACAUCUAAAGUUUUUCAUAAAAUAAUUGUAUUUAGACAUUUUUAAAAUACAAGUUUGAGGUAGAAAAUUAUACAGAGAAAAAAAAAUGUCAUGAGUUAUGAUUGCUUGGACUAAGUUAAAGCUCUGUAACAAAAACUAUAAAAUUCUGAAAAAAUAACUAUAAUCUAUUUCACCACCCUUUAAGUCAGUAAAUUGUGAUGAAUAGUAUUAUUAAUUUAUUUAUUAAUUUAUGACAUAGAUAUAUAGUUUACUUUUGCUAUUCAUAACAGUAUAUAUUAACUUAAGAAAAAUAAUUUUUAUUGUAAAACACUUAUAAUAUAUCAUAUCAUUUUUGGUAUAUUAAAAUUUGGUACAUAUAAACUUAUAAAUUAUAUGACUAUUGUUUUAAAU